UGAAGAAAAUUAUUAAGAGCUUGAGUUACAUAGAUCAUAUAUAUAUAUAUAUAUAUAUGGAAAAUGGAAAGGUUGCUUUCCCACGAGAUCGAUAGAAGCAUGCUCAUUCCAGGAGAUCAUAUUUACACCUAUAGAUGGGGUUACAUUUAUUCCCACCAUGGGAUAUAUGUGGGUGGAGAUAGGGUCGUCCACUUCAAAAUGGCAAACUUGCUUCUAGUGCCGUCAAAUAGGCCGCGUUGUAAGAACUGCGGGUACGACCGGAGAGCGCAGCUAGCAGAUGCGGUGGUAAAAACCUGCCUUGACUGUUUCCUCAAAGGGGACAGACUCUUUCGUUUUGAGUAUGAAGUUAAUGGCCUCUAUUACAUGCUCAAAAAUCCAGGAAGUUGCACCACCAACAAGUGCGACCCAGCAGACGUUGUCAUCAAUCGCGCCCGCAACGCGUGCAUCAAAGGUUUUGGUAAGUACGACUUGGUCGAGAACAACUGCGAGAGCUUUGCUUUUUACUGCAAGACAGGCACCCGCAUAAGCCACCAAGUAUUGGCUGUCAAAAAUAUAGCUAAACUAGUUGUGAAUGGUGUAAUUAUUUAUCAAGUCGGGAGGCUUCAAGAUGAUAUUGGAAUAAAAUAUAUUAAAAAGGAUGUAGGUGAGACAGUAUGGGCGGAGCCAGAAAAAUAAGUCAAAAGGGGUGAAGACUUGUACUAAAUUAAGUUAAUCUAUAAGGUCAU